ACCAUCAGCACAGAGUAGGCUGACGGUUUAAUCUUAAAUCUAAAGUCUGAGGUCUAACACAAGCUUUGAGCUCAACAUGGCGCAAGGAGACGGGACAAAUAGAUGAAUAAAACACGCUUUGGCUGAUCAGCAUGGAUGUCUCAGAGGAGGACGACUACUUCUACCAUGACAACAUCAGCUUCAACUUCAGCUACGAGGACUACCCGGUCCUCUGCGAGAAGGGCGAUGUCCGUUCCUUCGCAGCCAUCUUCCUCCCCAUCAUGUACACUGUGUGUCUGGUGGUGGGACUGGCAGGAAACAGCUUAGUCGUGGCGGUCUACGCCUACCACAAACGCCUCAAAACCAUGACGGACCACUUCCUGACCCACCUGGCUGUGGCCGACCUGCUCCUGCUCUGCACGCUGCCUUUCUGGGCUGCUGAUGCGGCGCGGGGCUGGGAGCUGGGCGAGGCCGUCUGUAAGAUCGUGUCUGCCUGCUACUCGGUCAACUUCACCUGCUGCAUGCUGCUGCUGGCCUGCAUCAGCCUGGAUCGCUACUUGGCGUUAGCCAGGGCGCAAAGUAAAGACCAAAGUCGGUGGCUGCGGAGGAUAAUCACCAGGAGACACUGCUGGAAGGUGUGUUUAGCUGUUUGGGCGACAGCUUUCCUCCUUGGUCUUCCUGAUUUAAUUCUCUCAGAAGUGAGAUGGUUAUCUAAUAGGAGUGUCUGUCUGGCUAUCUACCCUCCAUCAAUGGCCCAAGGGGGGAAAGCUGCUCUGGAGAUAGCAGAGGUGCUGCUGGGAUUCCUGCUUCCGCUCCUGGUUAUGGUGAUCUGCUACUGGAGCGUGGGCCGGGCACUAAAGGGCCUCCCUGUGGAGAGCAGAGGCAAGAAGUGGAGAGCUCUACGUGUCAUCCUCACCGUAGUGGGGGUGUUCGUGGUCACUCAGCUGCCGUACAACGUGUUGAAGGUCUACAGAGCGAUGGACUCCGUCUACGCCUUAGUGACCCACUGUGGGACGAGUAAAGUGUUGGAUCAGGCGGCUCAGGUGACAGAGAGCUUGGCCCUCACUCACUGCUGCCUCAACCCGAUCCUCUACACCUUCGUGGGGUCGUCCUUCAGGCAGCACAUGAUGAAAGUGGCCAAAACGUUUGGCGAGAAGAGAAGAAAGAGGAGGAAGACGAGGGAAAAUGCAGCAGAGGACGAAGAGAUCGAGAUGUCGUUUAACUCCCACUGUGCAUCCCAAGAGACAAACACAUUCUCAAUAUGAGCCAAAACUAGUGAAAUAUCCCAUAUAAAGCAGAAGAGCAGAUGCAACAGUAGAAGCAUGUGAGGGAAUCAUUAAGAUGUACAAGAAUUCCACAGACGUUUUAAUACUUUAACACUUCAAUCCCCUCCAUAUCAAAACAGGAGGUUGUUAGUUGUAUUCUUGUUUACUUUCAAAGACCAAAGAAAUGUAUGUUUUUUCUACUGUGAGCGAUGAAUGCAAAAAUAAUUUGGAUUUCUGUUUAGAGUGAUGUUUUGUCUGUUUUCAAACCCUGGUCCAGAGGAAACAAAUAAUUUCAAGUGUAUUUUUCAUAGAUAUUUUUUCUUUAAGACUGAUUCAACCCUUCAAGAUUACUUGGAAAGGAUAGAGAGGGAGGAUCGUACACAUUCAAACAUUUCGCCACACGCUUGUGGUAAGUACGGCAUUGGCACACUAGUUAUUUACAUAACCACAAGUCCAUGUUGUUUUGCCUUCCCUUUCAAACUUAUUACAACAUCCCCGUUCUGUUUUAUCUAAAUGUUGGCACAUACACUACUCAGUGCUUGUAUGGGACAAUAGUUGUGAUGUAACAAUCUGUCUGAGGUCUGCAUAACUAUGGUAAAAUAGGUCUGUUGUUUUCCAUAAUCUGAGAUGGUGCGAGCGUGUAGAUGUUGAACAGAAGAGGCCCGAGAAUGGAGCCUUGGGGAACUCCAUGUAGUCUUCGUCGAUCCAAUGUGUAAUCAUAGUUUGUGGUCUAAUAAGUGAAGAUGUUUGUUAAUGUGCUUGUGUUUUGUCUAUUUGCAUGUAUUUUCUUAAUUUACAGUGCAUUGAGCUCUCAGGGCCACCGUACUUCGAAUAUAAUUGAAACCAGUAUAGCACAGUUCCUGAAGGUCCAUGCCAGUUUUCCAGUCUCUCUAGUAAUAUGUUGUGGUUGACCAUGUGGAAUGCAGAGACUGAAACGUUUCUACUGUGUUUAGGUGGAUGUUAUUCAAGACCUUAACAAGAGUCGUCUCUGUGCUGUGGUCCUGACUGGAAAACAUUAAAAAAAAUAGUUUAU